AUGAAACAUCAUGUUCAUAGAUUGGAACUUGAGAUUAAUCGAUUGGCAACUGAACGAAUGAAGGCAACAAAAGUUGGAAUUCACCCGGUGGAAAUCAGCAAACCCAGCACUAGUGAGAAAAUUUUUGACCCUACCAUUCAACCUCCCCCCGCUAGAAAAAAAAUUACUAGUGUCCAAGCAUUGGAAGAAAAUAUACAAGCUGGUGUAUGUGCUUUCUAUGCAGAAAAUUCCAAUUUCUCCGAUAGGGCUGUUCAAUGUGAAAUGAAUAGUAGUGAUUCCAACUUUCAAAAUUCAUCUGCAAUGAGUGUUGCUCCCAUGAUUCAAGAAGAUAUUGCAAUUAACCCUGAAGCUAACAAUGGUAAUGGUGCCAUGGGCUUUGUAAAUACUGAGAAUGAGAUCUAUCUGUUUGAAUCUCCAACACCAGAUUUGAUUGUAGAUACUACAGAUAGCGACAGUGACAUUGAUAUUGUUAGCUUAAGAACAAAUGCUCAGGCACAGGAGAAUGCUUUAGUUCCGAAUCACGAUCACACUUAUAUUGAUCUCUGGAAUGCCAAUGAUAAUGUUGAGAUGGUUACUGAAGUCAGUAAUGAACCAUCAUCAAGUCAAAACAGUGAAAGAUUCCAAGCCAAAAAUUGCAAUAAUAAAGCAAAAGGCAGUAACUGGCCUGUUGCUCCUGAUCUUCAGUUAGAUUGUCUGUUCACUGAUGAUGAUGAUGACAGCAGCGUUGAAGUAGUUCGAGUGGAACAUCAGAGGUCGGUUACAAGGCCUGGCCGGUCAAGAGGAAACAGAAAUGUUGCACAACCCAAUUCUGCUACUACUGCUCGCAACACUCGUAGUCUUAAUAUCAAAUUGGAAAGGCCUAUUCUAGUUGAUUUAACUCAAUCUGAUGAUGAUACUCAGGCUACUUCUACAACAGCAACCAGAACACCAGUUUCAACAACAAAUACUGGAGUAAGCUGUAAUUUAUUGAAUGAACGUAAUCCAAGUCCUCCAUUCUUUUGGGAUCCUUAUCCUGAAAAUAGGCAACCAGCGUAUCCCAUUCAAGUUCAGUUUUCCAGUUGUCGUUUCCAUGGAGCGAAUCAGCAGACUGUUCCUUUUCAUGAGCCAGCUGAUUCCGGAACAAGAUCCAUUGGCACUGGUCCAGUACCUGAUCCUUGCCUUGCAUUUGGUAGUUGUUUACCCCGAGCUCGAUGUAUCCAUUCUCACCCUACAAUUUAUCCUAAUUCCGCAGGUCCUCAUUACAGUAUACACCCUAUGCCUACUACUGUGCAACAUCCAGCUCCACAUCAUCCAGCCUUAAGCAACCCUGCCCCGCCUUAUAACCAACUUUUCAAUUCCGUCGCUGUUUCUACCCCAUCAAGUCAUCAUGAUCCAUCAGCAAUACAUCCUCAUACUCCGAGUUUGGUCAGAAUGAAUCCCACACAUUCUCGGAUCUGGCAGACCCAGCAAAGAAUGCAAGAAGUAAACCGAAGAAGAUAUUAUCAACAUAGUGUAUUAAUGCAAAGACAACAAGAGCUGACUCUUCAGCUUAUGGAAAGCCAAGCACAUGCCACACCUGCUCCAGCGUUUUAUCUCUGUCCAGAUCCAGCUCCUAGUAUAACUGCAACUGCCACUGCUGCUCCAGUUACUACUAGCCAACCAACUGCACAUCUUAUGCAUACUUCCCUGCUGGUCCCUCCGACUAAUCCUAGCACCAAUCCUACCGGACCUUCUGGCUUAAGUGUGCUGCCUUCUGCACUACCACCAACACCACCAAAUCUGCCUACCUCAGUGCCCAGCCAAUCUGUUUCUUGUGCUGCAGAUCCUGCUGAUAUUGCUAUGCAUGCUGAGGCACUAGUAACAGGAACAAAUAUUGAAGCAGGUCAUAUUCAUCAUCAUCAUAUACAUCAACAUCAUUAUCAUCAUCCGCCUCCUCCAAGAUUGCAUCAUUUUAGCGUGCCAUCUGUUAUUGGUCUUCCAACUGCAAUGCCUAUGAGCCUUAGGCCAUCUGAAAUAUUUGGUUUGCCUCAUAUGACUGAGAUUGCUCCAACACCACCGAUGUAUCACCAUUAUAUACCUGUGUUGCCACGUCAUGUACAUGCUCGACUAGAAGAUUAUUUGCGUAUUGUGGAUCAGCGGCGAAUGGCGGUGAAUCGUGGUGCCACUCAAGCAACUAUUGAGCGGAACACUUUGCCUCACAAAUACAAAAAGAUUAUCAAAUGCAACGAAAAUGAUGACAAUUUAGAAAAAUGUACUAUCUGCCUUUGUGAGUUUGAAGAUGAUGAAGAUGUCAGGAGGUUACCUUGUAUGCAUUUGUUCCAUAUUGAAUGUGUAGAUCAGUGGCUGACAACUAACAAAAGAUGUCCCAUAUGUCGAGUUGAUAUAGAAGAACAUUUAAAAGACUUUGGUGUUACCUCGUGAUAUUGCUAUUACGAUUCCGUAUACUAUGGUAUAGCCCUAGGAUGUAACUCAAAUGUCAUUGGAUGAUGUUUUAUAUCUUAUUGCACUAAAAAUAUUUCUACUUGAUUGUUUUUCUACAUUUUAUAAGUGUGUAUCAUCUUCCAGAUAACUUUGUUCAAACAUAAAAAAAAAAAAAAAAACCACAUUGAUGAGCUUAGUGGUAUGGA